AUGAAAGGUUUUGGAGUGGAGAGGAUUGUGACUUUUUUUUUUGCAGAACAAUCAAUUGAACUGGAGGAGGACAUAUGGAGCCCUGCAUUCUCUCCUAUUAAAUCAAAAUGCGAAGAAAACUCGGAUGACUGUGAUUUCGUAUACAUCUCAGACAUCCUCCGAGCUUCCAAUUACUUGCCUGAAGACACUGACAUCUUCUUGUUACUCGAGAAACAGCAAUAUCUCAAGGGAAAGGACACCUCUAAAGUCUCGAGACUCCAAAGAAAGCUCAUAUUUGACACCAUCACCGAAAUUCUUGACCGAAACAGGCAAUUGCCUCCAUGGAAGGUCUUUUCCUUGUCAAAUGCAAAGCCAUCGUUGCAAAAACUUUGGUUUGAAUUUCAGAGAAUUCGAGAACGAGACACAUCUGAGGACUAUUUUGUGGUUAUUUGUGGAGUCUUAAAAAGGGAUCUCGCCGGAGACGCAAUCAACGGUUGGCAAGAUAGUCCGGUGGAGAUGUCCGAAGCAGUGUUGGACAUCGAACGGCUGAUAUUCAAGGAUUUGGUUGGGGAAACUAUCCGAGAUCUUGCUGCAUUUGCUGGCAAAAGCACAGUGUCGGCGCCUUGUAGGAAGUUGGUUUUCUGA